AUGAAUAAUGAUACAUCAGUAGACUACUCAAGCGGGCAUAAAAAUCCCGAAAACUCAGUAGAUAACAGCUCACAUUCUCUUAAAGAGAAUACUAACGUAAAUGAUGUAGAUACUCUCUUGAGUUGUAUAAACUUAUGGCAGAAGGAGAAUAAAGAAAAUUCAAAGCUCCAGAAGCUGGAUACUUUCAAGAACAUCUCAACAAAUCCGUACAAUUCUACGGACGCUUUGUUGAAACAAGAUAUUAAUAAAAUAAAUGGAACCAUUAAUGAGGGGUUUAUGAAUUUACUUGCCUUAAAACCUGAUGUAGAAGAAGGGAAGAUGACGCAUGAAGAGUUGUAUAAACAUUCAACCGGUAUACAAAACAACUCAAUAGUAAAUCUUGAAAAUAAAAAUAUUAUUUCAAAUUUAAAUUAUCCAAUUGACUAUUAUUAUGAUAAAAUGGAACUCUCGAGGCAUAAUGGCAAGGACAACGCCAGUACCAAUGCAAAUUCAAGUGAUGGGACAAUGGGGAAUGGACAAUCGGAGUUUACAUCGAGAUCCAUAACUAAAACAAUGGGUUCAAAUAACCUAAAACCGGAAGGAAAUGGUGAAUUGAGUAGCUUUAAUCAAAAUAAAAGGGUUGCUGAUACAGAUAAUGUUGACGACAACCAGAAACAUGUAGAUUAUAACCGUGAAAAUACUAAUAGUAAUCCAAACUAUGUAAAUUAUAAGUCGACAAAUUAUGAAAACAAUAAUUUGCAAGACCAACAAAAUGUAGAUGUCAACUAUAUCGAGGAAUUUAAAGGAAUGGUCGGAAACUUGAUUAAUGGUGAAAACUACCAAGCCUCCAAUCAAAUGAUCAAUGCAUCAAACAGAAAUUUUCAACACGAUAACAUAUUAACAAGUGAUAACGUUAUGAUUGAUAGGGAUUUUGAUGAUGAAUUUGAGAAUGAAGUGAAUCCAAUACUGUCAAUGUGUAACAGACAAGAUGCCAUAAUAACGGAAAGGGAUAUACUUGGAUAUGGUAAAAGUGAUUCCAAUUUAGAGUUGCUAAGCACUGCCUCAAACGAAAACAAAACUCCUCAAAAUAACAUGGACAUGAUUAAAGAUGUAAGCGUAAACUGCCAAAUCGAUCAGAUAUUAAACACGAAGGAGGAGGUAGAGCCUGAGAAAAUCAGAGGAGUGUGCUUCUGUAAGAGUGAUAAUAGCUGGACCGCCUGGUGGACUGAGAAGGGCAAGAGUAGGAAAAAGGCAUUUAAGCUUAGUCUCUAUGGUUACGAAGAGGCCAGGAAAAAGGCAAUUGAGCACAGAUUGUAUAUUGAGGAAAUAUUACCUGAGCUCAAGGAGAAAAAAGUGAAAUCCGCCAAAAGGAAACAACCCACCACGAGCACGGCCACUACCUCAAUUAAUUCAAUGGCGACAGCCAACGUAACACCAAGGACUGAUAAGGAGGAAGCGACUGCAAAAGAAGAUGGUAUUUUCAGAGGUACAAGAUAUAGGUCGAAGGAGAAGAAUGAUGAAACUGGAGUGUACUUCAAGGAGAACAUCUGGUAUGCCACAUGGAUUGAUCCGUUUGGAAUGAAAAACAUCAACUCUUUCCCUGUGACCAAGGACCUCCCUUUCCUUGCAGCCAGGAAUAAGGCUGUCAACGCCUACAAUAUGAACAGUUUUGUUACCAACGCUAAAAAAAGUAUCCAAAAUAACUACCUACAAGUCAACCCCAACCACCAAAAUUUCAUAACCCCCAACAACCACUUCAAUAACUCUGAUAGGACCAAUGAUCCUACCCUAAACACUAUGACCAAUAGCGCUGAUAGAGCGAAUAAAUACAGUAAUAUAAAUAACAACUUGAUUUACGAAAUGUCCAAAAGGAGAAAGUUAAACAUGGAAGGCCCUUUGGGCUCAAAAAUCGAUGGCUAUGAAUAUUUCAAGAACCUGGAGAAGAAAAUUGAUGAUGAAAUUGAAAGGAACAGAUUAAGAGCCAUGCAAUAUUCUGGCAUGGAAAGGGAGCCUAUACCCUCAACUCAAACGAGUCAGAACCCUCAAAUAUUCCUACAGAACGUUCAGGAAUAUAGAUCACAGGACCCAGAGAAUGUACAACAGAACGAGGGAGGAAAUAAUAGAACUGAGACCAAGCUCAACUCACACCACUGUAAAAUCAAGUUAGAAAGGUCAAUACUUGAUGAAAUCGAAAAGGCUAUUAAAAAAUCACUAACUCAGAGCUCAAAUCAGCAGUCCGAAAGCAGGACUGUUAUUGCCAAUGAAACUGAGUCAGGUGAGAAUAUAAUAGAGAAUGUUAAUGAAGAGGUUCAGUCUUCAGCAACUCACCAGGAACCUGGGGAAGAGAUUCUUACAAAUGAGGAUGGGAAACCAGACAAAUUGUUUGAAAAUGUAAACGCGCUUUGUAUUUCACACGCCGGCUUGGAUAAACAAUUUUCAGUUAGUAUUAUUCCAACUUACAUUCAGGGACCACACCAAACACAACUUCUAACGUUUGUCAUUUUAAGUUCAUAA